GUCUACUUCCAACCAGCAGGUAGUAGAAACCUUUGGCCAUGCCAUGCCGCUUGCUGGCCGCAUGCCUGGCAUGGCAAAGCCUGGCGUUGGAGCUCACCAAAGACUCAUGGGAGGAGAUGACCAACAGAAAGCGGGUCUUUGUGAAGUUCUUCGCCCCUUGGUGUGGCCACUGCAAGAGGCUAAAGCCAGCCUGGGAGAAGCUUAUGCAGGAGUAUGCCGAGCAUGACAGCAUCCUCGUGGCGGAAGUGGAUUGCACUGGCGCUGGCAAAUCCAAGUGUGAUGAUGCGGGGGUUGAAGGUUUCCCUACCCUCAAGUAUGGAAAUCCUGACAGCCUCGAGGACUACAAGGGUGCCCGCGACUACGAAGCCCUGAACAACUUCACCAAGGUGAACCUGGGCCCCUCCUGUGGCCCAGAGCGGCUGGAGCUCUGCGACGAGAUGCGCCGGAAGCAGAUCGAGGAGUUGUUGGCCUUGCCCAUGAGUGAGUUGAAGUACAAGAUCAAGAGGAAGGAGGAUCAGAUCGCGGCGGCCGAGAAGGAGCUCAAAGGCUUUAUUGCAAAGCUGGAGAAGAAGUACGAUGAGGCUGUCCAGGUACAGGAGAAGAAGCAAAAGGCCAUCAAACAGGGUGGGCUCAACAUCAUGAAGGCCGUGCAGGCCUACAACCGCCGGGCAAAGCCGAAGAAGCCGGAGCGAAGCCGAGGGACUUCUUCGGCACACAGCCGCGAUGAAGCCGAGUUGUAGCCCCAGUGGCUGAGCUUUUCGGCUCAAAAAAUUCAAAGUGCCAGGUGUGCACACAGCGGAGGCUGGAAGAUGGA